AUGAAGGGCGGCACGUCCUUCGACUACCAGCAGUGCCCUCAGUGGGAGUGUAGUUGCAACGACUACAACGACAACCAGGGACCCGUCACCCACGUUCAUUACGUCAACUCCUUCAAGACACUCCACAAAAACAUCCAAGACGCAAAGAAUGCUGUCAACAGACUGGCUACUAAAAUUGUUUUGGAUCGUUUUGGCAACAGUGACACACAUGCCAAAAGUUUGAAAAAUUGUGCUUUCGCUGAGAGGACCUCUGAAUGCUUGUUAAGAUUAUUCAAUGGCUGUCCAUUGAGUGACAUUCCAACACAGGCCGAGAUGGAGACAUGGAAACACGGUACGUCAAACAGAAUGCUGUCGGUACUGGAGACCGCUGCACCCAUGCUGGCACACAUCAAUUCCUAUUUGGAGCAGGCAAAAGUCGACGAGGCAGACGUUCAAGACUGGAACAAAGAACUGACAAGAGACUUUUCUAGCAUACAGGAACAAGCCAUUUACAAAAUCUACUGCAAUCUCAUAGUUGUUUUUCCUAGCUCUGAUGUGUACACCGAAUAUUUUAUGGAGUCCAUUGACGAAAUUUUUGAUUCGGAAUGCAGAGAUUCGUUAGAAUUAUCAGCAAGAGAUAACAGAAAUUAUGUAACUCUCCAUGUUUUAAAAUUUGUUCUAGAGUAUUUAAAACAGCAGGUAGAUCAUUUCAAAACCUUGUUAACGAGUUCGAACUCAUGGUCGCGUAAUCAAGAAGAUAUAAGCAACUUCCUCAGACUGGAACAAAAUCUUCCUGGAAAAAGAAGCACUGCCAACUAUUCCUCACCUAUUUACCAAUAUGCUAAUAAGAAAAUUUUAUUGAAGAAUGUUUUUCCUGGUAUGAGAUACAAUGAGAAAAAACAUUUUUAA